ACGCAUUCUUAGAUUUCAUUACAUCCAGUCAUGUUGUCCGUGAUCUACCUUUUGGGGGAAAAAAAUGAAGUUUUCAGAUGGAACAGUCCACAAUUUACCUAACGUUGUACGUUGCAUGGGUUCAGCAGACAUAAUACAGCAGUACAAAGCAUACAGUCAGGAAAAUGAAAUUUCACUUUUAGGUGACAGUACCAUGUUUAAAAUACUUGCCCAGUGUGGUGCUAAAGUCAGAAAAAGCCUUGAAGGACUGGACUAUUUUGUAGCAGAAGGAGGACGUGCCUUCAUUACCUUUCAAGAUGUCUUAGACAAAUUGCUGACCUACGACGCUAUAUCACCAGAUGACCACACAAGUUUCCAGGCACUGUUCUUACAAUCAAAGCAGUAUUUAAGGACUGACUAUAAGAUUCAUAUUUCAAAGGGAAGAGAAGUAGCUGAUCACUGUAUGUUGUAUGCCCUCAGUGAUGAAAAAGAUGAGGCAUUUACAGAACAAUGUUCUCACAAUCACCAGAUGGUCUGUGAAAGCUGUGAACAGUUGAAAGAGACCAUUGCUGCAUUACAAAAGAUCUUUGUUACUUCCUCAGUAGAUGGAAAAGAGGAUGAGAUGAAUGACCUCAACUUCAGGGUACAACAAGCAACAAAGAGUAUUUUCAGCCUGAAAAAGCACAUAAUAAGAUGCAAAAACCAAGACUUAGCAAAAACUCAACUUUUUGAAACCAUGCCUUCAGAUGAAGUUUUACUGGUAUGUGACUGGGCUAUGCAGUUUUUACCCAGAAAGUUUCGUGAAGAUCAAUGUGAUUGGUUCGGAAAGAGAGGAAUACCAUGGCACAUAUCUAUAGCCUUCUGUAGGAAAGAUGAUGGAAGCAUUGGUAGCCUUGGGUUUGUUCAUUUGUUUGCAACCCAAAUAUCCCAGGACAGCCAAGUAACAGCCAGUAUUAUCCAAGAUGUAAUGGAUAAAAUUAGAGAAAUUAACACCAAUGACAUAAAGUUUCAUGUAUGGUCUGACAAUGCUGGUUGUUACAAGUCAACAGAGAUGCUUUCAUUCUUAUUCCAUUCAGGUCUUACCCUGUCAUAUGACUUCUGUGAAUCCCAGUGCAAGUCUGUAGUAUAUUAUUUCAAAGUUGAAGUGAAAUGA